AUGCUGAUAUUCUUCGCGAUGUUGGCGCUUCAAUUCAGCGCUCUCAACUCAAUAUCAGUGUGGCAAGGAAUCGCUCGCAAAUUCGCCGAUCCAAAUGCGGGACGAUCAAUUUCGGGCAAUAGCUCAUCGCCUCCACCAUACAGCAAUUCUCCGUACGCUCCGCGGCCAGUCGGCGGAAGGAAGACGGGAAUCAGCGCGCCGUCAGGUGUCGGACUCGAUAAAUGGCGUGGAUAUUUUAAAUAA